UGUCUACACCUGUUUCCUCAGUCUGUAUAAUAAUGUCUCCUCCUAUCUCCCUCCCCUCUUCUGUAUGCUUGUGUGUGUGUGUGGGUGUGCCUCUGUGAGGGGUUGCAGUUUUGUGCACGUCUGCAUCCAUCCCCUUCUCUCCUAUCAAGAAAAGGACACAGUCGCAAGCGUUCUGUUGGCCCCGUCAGGAAAAAAAAAAAUGGCCUCUCUCCACACCCUCAGUGAGCAGACAGACAGUGCCAUGGCUCCUGUGCUUAGGCAGACGGCCAGGCCCCUGAGCCAUCAUCCCUCACUCUCCUCAUCACCGUCACCAUCCCCCACCCCGCUCAGCCUCUCUCCUCCCUUCUCCUCUCCUCCCCUCCCCUCCCUUCUCCUCCCCUCCCCUCCCCUCUCCUGUCCUCUCCUCUCCCCAGCGGCCCGCCUCACGUGACCACUCCCAGCUGUUCAUUGGCCGCCGCCUCGCAGGCCUCUGUCCAAUGGGAGCCAGAGACGGGCAUAAACACAAGCAUACGGCUGCAUGCUUAUGACGGGGAGCCGAGUGGUGUGUUCAGAAGCGCUGCUGAGAGGGGAGAUGCUCUCCUUCGCACAUGAAUGAGCCUAGUUUCCCCUCUCCGCUCACUUUUUCCCCCCUCUCUCUCUGUCUCUUUCUCUCUCAUUCUCUCACUCUCUCUCUCUUUCUCUCUAUCCCCCUUCCUUUUCUUUUUUUCCGGGACCAUCUGCUGCCUUGCUCACUGCCUCAAAAGACAACACGCUCAGUCCGCUCGUCCUGCUCAGCACACACACGGGAGAGGGAAGACAUGGCUGUGACACUCAGAUAUUCUGAAGUGAAGUUUGGUUGCAUACGAGGAUGACUUUUUUCCUGUUCUUACUAAGAUAAGGUGCCGAUGGUGAAGACAGAGCAGAUCAUGCAAGCCACCAGUGUCCCGCCCAACCCAGAGGAGCGGCUCGGGGGCGGGCAUCGCCCCUCCCUGAAGUCGGAGAGGAUGAACUCAGAUGACCAUCAGUCUCGGCCACUCACGGAGCUGCGGGAGAGGAUCCAGCCAGAGGUGACAGAGCUGAUCAAACAGCAGCGGCUGCACCGCCUGUGCGAGGGCAUCUGCUUCCGCAAGAUCAGCGCUCGCAGGCGACAGGCAGACAAGUUCUGGUACUGCCGUCUGUCUCCCAACCACAAAGUUCUCCACUAUGGCGACGUGGACGAGAACACGCAGGGACAAAUACCCCAUGACUCCCUACAGGAGAAACUGAACAUUUCAGAUAUCAAGGCUGUGCUCACAGGGAAGGAUUGUCCACACAUGAAGGAGAAAGGGGCGCUCAAGCAAAACAAGGAGGUGCAGGAGCUGGCGUUCUCUGUCCUCUAUGAGUCAGAGGCAAGCCUGAACUUUGUGGCGCCAGACAAGCAUGAGUACUGCAUUUGGACGGAUGGCCUAAACGCCUUGCUGGGCAAAGAGAUGACCAGCGAACUCACCAAAUCUGACAUGGAAACUCUCGUCUCCAUGGAGAUGAAGCUACGCCUGCUGGACCUCGAAAACAUCCAGAUUCCAGAUGCCCCGCCCCCGGUUCCGAAGGAGCCGAGCACCUAUGACUUUGUCUAUGAUUACAGCCAACAGACUUAAAGAGGGAGGCCUACACAGGCCCCUUGCACCCUUCACCCUUUCCCUUGUCCUUGCACUCUUUGUACUCACACUUUGGGUUUGUCGUUGAGGGAGUCAUGUUGGAACAUUUUAUCUCUCUGUUGUGAUAACUACAGUGGAGAUCUGCCCGAGGCAUCUUGCUGUUAAAACCCCUGGACCGUUUCAACACAAUUUUCCUGGCUGGGAUUCCAUCCCUGCUGCCCUGACCUUGUUUCUCUGAUAGUAAUUGGACAAAGUGUUCUGUGAUGGCCUAGCAGUCCUUUCACCCCCCCCCCCCGGCUAAAUCCACAUAACUCAAGUGCCGAGCGAAGACACUGUUCUGGAUUGACGGCCAGGGGCAGAGUGAGGUCAACAUUUUGCGAUUGCAGAGACGUUCAGCAAAUUAGCUGCAUUUCACAAGACACCAAAAUAAGUAUUCAACACUAUUCGGUACUGUUCUGACACUUAAUUUAAUUAAAAACUAGACGACUACUGUUA